GUAUUUUUUCGUAACUGAAUAAAGAAAAAAACAAACACAACCUCCUCCUCUUCUUCUUCUUCUGAUUCACUCACCAUAUCCAUCGGUAGCCUCAGAUAUCUCUAAAAAAUUAUUCAAUACUCCUCCCAAUUUACAACCCUAGAUCUUCCUUCAUGUUUAUCAGAUCUCAAGUAACUGCAAUUAGUUGAUUCAUGAGCUCUGUUUUUAAAAAUCUGUGUUGAUUUUUUUAAUGGUAUGUAUGUUUUUGAGAAUCUGUGGAGGGGGUGAUAGAUAUACAUAGUUUGUUAGUAGUGAUGGUGUCUAAGAAUGACCAUGUGGAAUCUUUCUUGAAUUCGCUACAAGUUAUUAAGGAUGUGCUUUCGCCGAUUGAAUUCGGUAUAAGGAAGGCGGCGAAGGACUUGGAGCAUUGUUGGCCCGGUUCGAAGAAUCGGGCUAAUAAUAUCAUUGAAGGGUUUGGAACACAGUUGACUGGAGGAGGAACUGAGAAUGGGAAUAGGGUUUUGGUUUGUUCUGUGAAGAAAAGGAGUGGACAGUGUUUGGUUAGUGAUGAUGAGAGAAAGAAGGGUUUGUCGAUAAAAGUUCCUUUUAAGACAUUAUUGGGGUUUUUGUUGAUAAAUUGUGGGAGUAACGGAUGUAAGGACAUGUUGAAGAAAGGGUUGAAAGAGGAGGUUGGUGAUGACAAUGGGACUUGCAGAAAUUGCUUAAAGUUUGCAGUUACGUGGUCAUUGUUGCUUAAUGGUUUUGUUCCGGCUUUUCCAAGCCCUUUUAAAGCUGGCAAAAAUCCAUUUCGCAAAACAUGUGAUGAUGAUAAAGUUUGUCCAUAUUUGUGUGCACACCCAUCCAAACCGAGGGUUUUAUGUGAAGCAGUAAAGCAAAAGGACUCAAAGGGUCAUUUUGUUACUACAUUUCUGAAUGAGAGUUUAAAACCUAAAGAAGGAAAUAAUUUGUCAAUUGAAUGCUUCAUAGGUUUUGUUUGCAAUCAAUUUACUCAAAAUCUUCAGAAGUUGGAUUUAGGUGUCCAAGAAAGUGAAUGCAAGAGUUGUGAUUCGCCCACCACUUCUUGUCCACCUAAUCCGUUCAAUUAUUUGAGGGCAGUCGCAAGUACUUUGGAAGGUAAAAAAGCAGAUGUCAACGUUUUUUUGGGAAAUUUGAGGUUUGCGAGAGUGGGAGGUAUCCCAUCGAGUGUUGUGGGAGUUACUUCUGUUAAAGAAGAGGGUGAUGAGAACAUGGAAGAAUCUGGGAACAAGGAAGAAGCUGACAACAAGGAAGAAACUGGGGUUAGUGCUCCAAAGAAGCUGGCCAAUGGAUUACUGAGUAUUCCCUUGUCAAAUGUCGAGCGAUUGAGAUCCACUCUAUCAACUGUUUCGUUGGCGGAACUAAUUGAGCUUAUACCCCAUUUAGGUCGAUCUUCCAAAGACUAUCCUGACAAGAAGAAGCUAUUCUCAGUCCAGGAUUUUUUCAAAUACACCGAAGCUGAAGGAAGGAGGUUCUUUGAGGAGCUGGAUAGAGAUGGUGAUGGCCAAGUUACUUUGGAAGAUCUUGAAGUUGCUACGAGAAAGCGAAAACUGCCUCGGAGAUAUGCACGUGAAUUCAUGAGCCGUACUAGAAGUAAUAUAUUUUCCAAAUCAUUUGGUUGGAAACAGUUCUUGUCCUUGAUGGAACAAAAGGAACCAACCAUUCUUCGAGCUUAUACUACUCUCUGUUUGAGCAAGUCUGGGACACUAAAAAAGAGUGAAAUCUUGGCAUCACUCAAAAAUGCGGGACUUCCAGCAAAUGAGGACAAUGCUAUGGCCAUGAUGAGGUUUCUGAAUGCAGACACGGAAGAGUCUAUUUCUUAUGGACAUUUCCGGAAUUUUAUGCUUCUUCUUCCAUCUGAUCGACUUCAAGAAGAUCCUCGGAGUAUCUGGUUUGAAGCUGCUACAGUUGUUGCUGUUGCACCACCUGUGGAAUUACCUGCUAGCAGUGUUCUGAAAUCUGCAUUGGUAGGGGGCCUGUCUUGUGCGCUGUCCUGUUCUUUAUUGCACCCUGUGGAUACAAUAAAGACUCGAGUGCAAGCAUCAACGCUUACCUUUCCUGAGAUUAUAUCAAAGCUUCCACAAAUUGGAGUCAGGGGGUUAUAUAGAGGCUCCAUCCCAGCAAUACUUGGACAGUUUUCUAGCCAUGGCUUGCGAACUGGAAUUUUUGAAGCAAGUAGGCUUUUGUUAGUAAAUGUUGCUCCAAACCUUCCAGACAUACAGGUUCAAUCUAUAGCAUCAUUCUGUAGCACUUUCCUGGGAACUGCCGUUCGGAUACCAUGUGAGGUAUUGAAACAAAGGCUGCAGGCUGGCCUUUUUGACAAUGUGGGGGAGGCAAUUGUUGGUACUUGGAAUCAAGAUGGCCUCAAGGGUUUCUUCCGCGGGACUGGUGCCACUCUCUUCCGGGAGGUUCCAUUCUAUGUUGCAGGCAUGGGGCUUUAUGCUGAAUCCAAAAAGCUUGCUCAGCAUCUUCUGGAGCGAGAGCUGGAGCCCUGGGAGACAAUUGCUGUCGGGGCUUUGUCUGGGGGGUUAGCUGCAGUCGUUACAACACCCUUUGAUGUAAUGAAGACUAGAAUGAUGACUGCUCCCGGGGGACGGCCCUUGUCAAUGUCAAUGGUGGCCAUCUCAAUUGUUCGUCAUGAGGGACUCCUCGGAUUGUUCAAAGGAGCCGUACCCAGGUUCUUCUGGAUUGCUCCGUUGGGUGCUAUGAACUUCGCCGGUUAUGAACUUGCUAGGAAAGCCAUGGAGAGAAAUGAGGAGCAAAAAGCUAUGAGCUCUGGAUAAGUUUCUUCAGAAGGUAUAUACAUGACAUCGUCUUGGCUUUUGUUUUUGUAGCCAAAAAUUUUGAGCUCUUAAUGGAUUUUGGUAGCUGUACUUUUUUCCAAAUUUAUUCGCGACACCUCUACCUUUUUAGACAAUAUAAUCUCUUUCUUUUUUCUUUUAUUUUUAUUUUUAUUUUAUUUUCAAAAUAGUUUUACAUGUCUUGACCUUUCGUGAAUUGCCAGGGAUGGCAUGUACAUGUUUUUGGUUUAAUUUUGUAAUCCAAUAUGUAUGUAUAUAUAUUUUUUUUGUGGCAA